AUGCCGGAAGACGCCGUUAAGCUCACGCCGACGGUGCUGUGGGCGCAGCGCAAAGAUCGGCUGCUGAUCACCAUCGACCUCCCGAAUCCCGAGCAUCCCCGCGUUAACCUCGAGGAAGAAGGGCGUCUCACGUUCAGCGCCACCGCGGGUAAGGACGGCGAGGAGCGCAGGGAGUAUGAGGUCGUGCUCGAGUUCCUCCACCCGGUCAACGCGAAGGACAGCAAGAUCAGCGUGGGCAACAGGCAGGUGUUCGUGGUGGUGAUGAAGACGGAGGAGUUCUCCGGCGAGCACUGGCCGCGGCUGCUCAGGGCCAAGGGCAAGGUGCCGCACGUCAAGACCGACUUUAACAAGUGGGUCGACGAGGACGAGGAGGAGGAGAGCGAUCGAGACGCCGCGUUCGACCUGGCGCAGCUCCGGGAGCUGAGCACGUACGAGCACAGCACGUACGAGAAGGACUUCUACGGCGAGGAGGAGGACAGCGACGAGGACGACGACAUGCCGGACCUGGAGAGGAUAUGA